AUGGAUUUCUUGCAACUUUUCUUUGUUGCAUUAAUGCCAAUUCUGAAAGUUCUGUUGAUUACUGCUAUUGGGACAUUCCUUGCAAUUGAACGCUUUGGCAUACUUAGGGAAAAUGCCAGGAAGCACAUGAAUACUAUGGUAUAUUAUCUCUUCACUCCAGCUCUUAUCUGUAGCAGCCUGGCUAAAACCUUAACUUUUAAGAGCAUGGUUAUGCUGUGGUUCAUGCCAUUAAAUGUUCUUCUCAUAUAUAUUAUUGGGACAGCUCUUGGAUGGUUACUUGUUAAAAUAACUAGAGUCCCUCAUCAUUUGCAAGGCCUAGUCAUGGGAUGCUGUGCUUCAGGAAAUCUUGGCAGUUUGGUUUUUAUUAUAGUUCCAGCUCUCUGUAAAGAAAGAAGCAAUCCUUUUGGAGAUGUAGAUGUUUGCUACAGAAAUGGACUAGCUUAUGCUUCUCUGUCAAUGGCACUAGGAUCCACUUACUCUUGGUCAAUUGUGUACAACAUUGUCCGCAUAUAUUCAUCCAAGAUUUCCAAUGUUGCCAAAGUUGAAGAAUCCAUAGUAAAUCCAUUGCCAGGAACAGAAACUGAUCCAGAAGACCAUUCAAAGUGUUCCAUAAGAGCUUUGUUUACUGCUGAGGACAAAUCACAGCCUAAUGAUCGCAUGGAUCAACUUGAAGUUGAAUGUAAAGUUCCUGAUGAACAAGCACAGGUACCAGAAAAGCUAAAGAUUAUGAAACACCUCAAAAUAUUAGCUGAUAAGAUCAACUUAAGGACACUAUUUGCACCUUCAACGAUGGGAGCGAUUAUUGGUUUAACAAUUGGUGUAGUCCCUCAAUUUCGAAAACUACUAGUAGGUGAUAGUGCUCCUCUCCAUGUGUUUCAAGACUCUGCAAACAUGAUAGGGGAUGCAAGCAUUCCAUCAAUGAUCUUAUUGCUUGGGGCAAAUCUUCAGGGUAUAAAAGGAUUAGGAAUGCAAUUUCCACUUAUUAUUGGCAUUAUUGUGGUUAAAUAUAUUGCCUUGCCAGCAAUAGGAAUAGGCAUUGUUAAAGGUGCAGUUCACUUCAGCUUGAUCCACCCUGAUCCUUUAUAUCAGUUUGUUUUACUGCUCCAAUUUGCCCUUCCACCUGCACUAGUCGUGAGUACAAUUACUCAAUUGUUUGGAGUUGGUGAGAGUGAAUGCUCAGUUAUCAUGUUAGCAACUUAUUCCUGUGCUGCAGUUUCACUUACUUUCUGGUGUACAUUCUUUAUGUGGCUUGUACUAUGA